UUCAGCUUCUGACCAUUGUCUCACACAAAACUCACAACAAAAGAAACGAAAGCCACCUUGCGGUUCCAACACUUUGACACAGUCAUGGACGUCUUUUAUGCAUAUACGUACGGAACAGCAGGUUGGCUCGCCUUACAGGCAAGCCCAUUGAUUGUAUCUCCCACCAUUAUUCUGGCACUCCUGAAUCCUGAAGUGAGAGAUCCCAGCGAUCUCGAGGAAUAUUUCUCGCGAUCCCUAGGCAUAACAAUGCUAGCCGUUGGAGUACUGGUGGUGUUGUUAUCUGGAUCAGUACCUCUGACUUCUUCCCUGAAUGCAACAACCGAUGAAGAGAGCCCGAAAGCACCCUACGCCGUACCUACCUUGACAAUCAGCUUCAUCUACCACACAGCUAUGGGAUUCUACUGCUAUGGAAACUAUAGCAAAACCGGGCAAAGUGCCUUUGCUCUCGGUGCUCUUGGAUCUGGUCUCUUGGCUUCAAUUGGCCUUUGGGUUUUACUGUUUGCAAGCAGUCAGGGACACAUUAGCAGGAAGACAGGGGCUGAUAAAAGGACGAGUGGUUUCCCUUUCAAUAACCAGGAAUCUGCCUCUGCGAAGAAGAAGGAAUUGAGGAAGGGGGGUUGAAGCCCACUGUGUGUGGUCGAACACCAAUGAAACAUCGAAAUCUUUCUAUUGUACAACAUAUCCCAGAAUUUAACGGCCCUUGCGAAGAGCUCAAAAGUUUCAAAAUGCUGUUCUGUUCUAGGCUGGUUUCCUAAUGCUGUGAAGUCUCGAGGCUAAACAGGCACGAUUGUAGAUUCGAUGCAUGUCCGGGAUUUCAGUGAAGUAUACGUGGGGCAAUGAGGCUACGAAAGACUUGAGAAGUUGGUUUAUCCCUUCCCCUCUUGGCUGGGUAUGGGAAGAACGGGGAUUCUGGGUUGCUCUCCAAGGACUUGCUUAUCAAUAAGGGAGGUACUUGUGUCACGGGUCAGC